GCCGGAGCGUCGCGGGGCCGCCCCCUCCGUGUGGCCGGCGGAGUCGCUGUCGCACCCCCGUUAGCUCCGCGGGGGGCAGGCCGGAGGCGGCGGCGGCAGAAUUCAAUAACUGCUGUUGGUCCCCUGCUGGGAGAGUUCAUCUGAAGACUGCCCAUGGACGAUCAGUGCUUGUGUUUGCUGAAGUUCUAGGAUUCUUUUGUUUUACUGUUUAAUUUACUGGAGAGUCCAUUUUUUCCCAUGAGUCAUCGUCCACCUCUGGAAAGGUAGAGAAUCACACUCAGCGUGGCGAGAUGCUGACACUAUGAGAGGCACACGGGAACUGAGACUGACUGAGGGUACGGCAGAUUCAUGUCUCCCAUCUCAUGCUCACUCCAGGGCAUACGCUCAUUGGGUGGAAUCACCAGCAUUAUUUACAGGUGCAAAGUAGCUCAACAUGAGUGGCCUUGGGGACAGUUCAACAGACCCUGCUAACCCUGAUUCCCGGAAGAGGAAAGGGUCGCCGUGUGAUACGUUGGCCCAGAGCAAUGAAAAGCGACGCCGGGAGCAGGAGAAUAAAUACUUAGAGGAGCUGGCGGAGCUGCUCUCGGCAAACAUUGGUGACAUCGACACCCUGAGUGUCAAGCCAGACAAAUGCAAGAUUCUAAAGAAGACGGUCGACCAAAUCCAGCAGAUGAAGAGGUUGGAACAAGAGAAAACAGCUGAUGAUGACGUCCAGAAGUCUGACAUCUCAUCCAGCAGCCAAGGAGUGAUCGAAAAGGAAUCUCUGGGACCUCUUCUCCUGGAAGCACUGGAUGGCUUUUUCUUUGUUGUGAAUCGCGAGGGGAGGAUCGUGUUCGUGUCCGAGAAUGUGACCAGCUACCUGGGUUAUAACCAGGAGGAGCUCAUGAAUACCAGUGUCUACAGCAUCCUGCACGUAGGGGAUCACGCGGAGUUCGUCAAGAAUUUGCUGCCAAAGUCUCUAGUAAAUGGAGUUCCUUGGCCUCAGGAAGCAACCAGACGCAGCAGCCAUACCUUCAGCUGCCGGAUGCUGAUCCGCCCACCUGAUGAGCUGGGUGCAGAGAACCAGGAGGCUCGCCAGCGCUAUGAGGUGAUGCAGUGCUUCACUGUGUCCCAGCCCAAAUCGAUCAAAGAGGAAGGAGAAGAUUUCCAAUCCUGUCUGAUAUGCAUUGCACGGAGAUUACCUCGACCUCCAGCUGUCACCAGUUCAGAAUCUUUCAUGACCAAGCAAGAUACUACAGGUAAAAUUAUCUCCAUUGACACCAGUUCCCUAAGAGCCGCAGGCAGGACUGGCUGGGAGGAUUUAGUGCGGAAGUGCAUCUAUGCUUUCUUCCAGCCUCAGGGCAGAGAGCCAUCUUAUGCCAAACAGCUAUUUCAAGAAGUGAUGACACGUGGCACUGCCUUCAGUCCAUCGUAUAGAUUCACGCUGAGCGACGGGACGGUACUUAGCGCCCACACCAAGUGUAAGCUCUGCUAUCCUCAAAGCCCAGAAAUGCAGCCUUUCAUCAUGGGCAUCCAUAUCAUUGACAGGGAUCACCACAUGCUCUCUCCUCAAGAGAACACUAACUCUGGAAUGCCCCUUCCCCGUGUCAGCUCUGCGCUGCACCCUAGCAUGUCCCCAGGGCAAGGCAUGGCUCUCUCAUCCGCCAUCCCUCCAUCCAAUAGCAGCAUGUUGGCGACCAAUGUAAAUCAACAGCCAGGCUCUGGCCUCCACAGCAGCAAUUCCAGCACCGGCCAGACAAGCUUUGGGUGUUCACCUGGGAAUCAGAUCGGAGCCAAUGUUGCCUUAAGCCAGGGACAAGCUGGUCCCCAGAACAAUAACCACCUUUUAAACCUCAGUAGCUCUCCCAUGAAUAGUCCAGGGAUUACCCCAGCACAGUUCAUGUCUCCUAGGCAUCGGGUUAGCCCAGGAUUGGUACCAAGGCCCAGAAUGCCAAGCAAUCCUUUCUCUCCUACCAUGCACUCCCCUGUGAGCAUGGCGAGCAGUGGCUGCAGCAGCGGUGGCAGCAGCAACAGGCCUUUCCCCAGUGCCCCAAUAAACUCUGUGCAGGGGCUUAAUGAAGGCCCUAGCACCCCCAUGGGCUACUCCACGCCGCCUCCCAUUCUGAGGCAGCCGAGCUCCCAGAACUCGCCUGGCCGGCUCAGCAUGCAACCUGUGAAAACGGAGCCGAAAGACAGCAAGGAGAUUGCCUCCAUCCUGAGCGAGAUGAUUCAGUCUGACAGUGGCUCGAGCGAUGGCAAGCCACUGGACUCAGGCCUGCUACAUGCCAGUGACAGACUCUCAGAGGGAGACGUCAAGUGCUCCCAAGCCACCAGCCACAAGCUGGUUCAGCUCCUGGCCACAACGGCAGAACAACAGCUGCGGCACACUGAUGCAGACACCAGCUGCAAAGAUCCCUUAUCCUGCACGGGUGCCUCUGGGAACCCUCCAGGCAACACGUGUCCCUCUUCCCAUAGCUCCCUCACAGAGCGGCACAAGAUCUUACACCGGCUCUUGCAGGAGGGCAGCCCCUCCGACAUCACCACUCUGUCCAUGGAACACGACAAGAAGGAUACUGCGCCAAACGCUGCCGCCACCCCUACCUCUCAGAGUCAGAUCCCGGGGACCCCUGAAAUCAAACUGGAGCCAGAGGCCUUGAAGAAAAAGGAGUCCAAGGACCAUCAGCUCCUACGCUACCUACUAGACAAGGAUGAGAAGGACCUUGCUGCGGUCCCGGCCCUGAGUCUGGAUGACGUGAAGGUGAAAGUGGAGAAAACGGAGCAGAUGGAUCCGUGCAAUACAACUCCGGCUCCGCUGACCAAGCCCUCUGCUGCAGAGGAAGUGAAGCUAGAGUCGCAGGGCCAGUUUGCUGCUGAACUCGACCAGCUCAAUCAGCUGCUGCCUUCAUUGGAGAAAGCAGCCCAGUUACCAGGCUUGUGUGGGACGGAUAGAACCGAAAGCAGCAUGGCCAGUGUCAUGGUCAAACCUGAGAUUCUGGCAGCCCCGCUCCAGCCCAACGCUGCAGCAAGAACUCCAAUGGGGCUUAACAGAUUGUCUGAACUGGAGUUGGGAGUCUCUGAUCAACAGUUUGGACAGCCAGGAAUGGGUGACCAGAUUCCAUGGGCAGACAACCCCAUGGCCUCCAUGAACCGAGUAUCUUUGAAUAAACCAGACGACCAGUGUAUCGCUUCCCAGCUGGACGAACUCCUAUGCCCCCCCACCACGCCGGAGGGCCGGAAUGAUGAGAAAGCCCUCCUCGAGCAGCUUGUGUCCUUCCUGAGUGGCAAAGAUGAAACCGAGUUGGCGGAAUUGGACCGAGCUCUUGGGAUUGACAAAUUGGUCCAGGGAGGUGGCCUGGAAGUGCUGACUGACAGAUUCCAGCCACAGCAAGCGACACCGUCUCUUCUAAUGGAUCAGAAGCCUGGCCUGUACCCCCAGCCUUAUUCUUCUGCUUCUCCUACUGCUAAUCUCCCCAGCCCUUUCCAAGGCAUGGUCAGGCAGAAACCUUCUUUCGGGCCCAUGCCGGUUCAGGUACCUCCGCCCCGAGGGGCUUUCCCCACCAACAUGGGAAUGCAGCCACGGCAGACUCUAAACAGGCCACCGACAGCGCCCAACCAGCUGAGACUUCAGCUGCAGCAGCGGCUACAAGGGCAGCAGCAGCUGAUACACCAAAAUCGGCAGGCGAUCCUGAACCAGUUUGCAGCAAAUUCUCCAGUCGGCAUCAGUAUGAGGGCAGGCAUGCAGCCUCAGAUUACGCCUCAGCCACCUCUGAAUGCACAGAUGCUGGCCCAGCGCCAGCGAGAGCUGUACAGCCAGCAGCACCGGCAGAGGCAGCUAAUGCAGCAGCGAGCCAUAUUAAUGAGACAGCAGAGCUUCGGGAACAACCUUCCUCCCUCGGCUGGACUCCCAGUGCAGAUGGGGGCAGCUCGCCUCCCCCAGGCACCCCCACAGCAGUUCCCCUAUCCCCCCAACUACGGUACAAAUCCAGGAAACCCUCCCACCUCCACCAGCCCCUUUUCGCAGCUGGCAUCGAACCCUGAGGCAGCACUGGCCAGUCGCAACAGCAUGGUGAACAGAGGGAUGAUGGGGAACGUUGGAGGGCAGUUUGGUGCUGGGAUGACCCCUCCCAUGCAGCAGAACAUCUUCCAGUACUCGGGGUCAGGCAUGGGUCAGCAAAGCGAGCCUGCAUUCACUCCAUCACUCAGCCCCAGCAGCCCUCUGAUGUCGCCGCAGAUUCCUCCUUCGCAGAGCCUCAUGCUCCAGUCAGCUCCGCCGACCCCUGGAUACCAGUCCCCAGACAUGAAGACUUGGCAGCAAGGAACAAUGGGGAAUAAUAAUGUAUUCAGCCAAGCUGGGCAGAACCAGCCCACGCCUGCGCAGCAGGGAAUGUACAACAACAUGAGCAUCACCGUAUCCAUGGCUGGAGGAAACACGAACGUCCAGAACAUGAAUCCAAUGACUGGACAAAUGCAGAUGAGCUCACUGCAAAUGCCCGGGAUGAACUCCAUGUGCUCCGAGCAGGUAAAUGACCCAGCGCUGAGACCCACCGGCCUUUACUGCAACCAGCUUUCCUCCACUGACCUUUUGAAAACAGAAGCAGAUGGGGCGCAGGUCAGUAAGAAACUCCUAAGCACAGACCCAUCUGAGGUACAACAGGUUCAGGUGUUUGCUGACGUGCAGUGUACAGUGAAUCUGGUAGGUGGAGACCCUUACCUGAACCAGCCUGGUCCAAUGGGCUCGCAGAAAAGCACGACAGGUCCUCAGACCCCUCAGGCCCAGCAGAAGAGCCUCCUUCAGCAGCUACUGACUGAAUAACCUCUUUUAAAGGAAUGUGAAAUUUAAAUAAUAAGACAUACAGAGAUAUAUAAAUAUAUAUAUAUAUAUAUAUUUUCUGAGAUUUUUGAUAUCUCAAACUGCAGCCAUUCUUCAGCUCUUAGUGUUUGGAGCAAAAAGGUUUUUUUCUUUCGGUUUUUUUGUUUGUUUGUUUUGUCUUUCGGGGUUUUUUUGUUUGUUUUUUGUAAAAGGCGUUGGAUGUUGGCAAAUAGACAAGGCAGGACAGUCGGUUUCUUGAGCCAAAAUUACAGAUGAUUCCUAUUUUUGUAAUCAGUUGCUGGCAUCUUACUCCAGAUGAAGGUUUCUUGGGGAAGUGGGGAAGGGGAUGGAGGAAGAAGCGAGUUGAAAGAGACUGCUUCGGAAGGAGGAAGAUCAUCUCAGUUUCAGCUGGAUCUGUCACUGAUUCGUGUCUCAGCCCAGUGGGAAGGUGGGGAAAGACACCGGACUUCUAUCAGAAAGGCUGUUUUUAUUCAUGCUUAAAAAACCCAAACACCUUUUCUCCCCUCUGCCCCAGCCCGCUUGUGCGUACAAUCAGCUUUUUCUAGCAAUCGUGAGUUUGUCAGUUUUAAAGAAAAACAGAGAGUAUUUUGACCCAUCAUUUUUUCCAUGUUUUAUGCUGGUGUUUAAAGCCUCCUAGCAAGAGAGGCCACAAUGUGUAUAUCACAUCGGGGAAAAUAAUAAUAAUAAGACAAAAAAAAGAACAGUUCGGGGGGGAAAAGCUGCAAUAAUUUUUAGGGGGAAGGAUGAGGAGGAGAGGGAGGGUUCUGUCAAUUAUUGUAGAUAAACAUUUUCUGAUUAAAUAUUAAAUAAAAUUAAGCAGUUGUUUUUUUCUGCUUUGAUUGUGCUUAACAGCUGAGGUAGCUUAAACUAUUUAAAAUAAUAAUAAAAAUAAUAAAAAUUCAACUCUCUGAUGGGGGACAGCUUAUUUUUUCCCCUCAAACCUGUCCUGUACAUAGCUCUGAUGUCUUGUAUACAUUUGUUUUCUUCCUUUAGUUGCGAUCACUCUUAAGAUCAUCGCUUUUUAUUUGAUUUAUGAUUUUUUCCCCUUUUUCUAAAAUUAUGCUGGUGUGUGGAAAAUGUGUAGCUUUGUUGACUGACUGCAUUUGCAAGAGAUAAAAACAAAGAAAUGGAGAUGGCCGCUAAUGUUGUAUUGCUUUCUGAUGGCUGUGCUAUGCAGUGUGUGGAUGUUCCCUCUCUUGAGGUUGGAGGUGGAUAGGGGCAAGUCUAGUUUUCAGAGGUGCUGAGCAUUCACUGUUCCCACUAGUCAAUAGGAGCUGUAGGAGCACUCAGCACUUCUGGAAAUGGGCCCCCUAAGCUUCGAAGGGCUAGUUCAUUCUGCCCCACAGAACAGCCUGGUCCAACUCCAGUGGGAGGCUUGACACUACCAAAGCCCACAGGGGAUGUUGUAGUUGCUGCCACUAGAGAGAAGGGUUCCUGCUCCUGCCCUGCCACUCAGACAGAGCCACCAGCAGUCGCAGAACAAUAUUUGGUGCCAUCUGCUCCCCUCUUGUCUCUAGCAUUUGCUCCAUCACUCCCAGCCACAUCCCUGGAGGCAGAUCCACCUCAGGAAGGAGCCAUGGAAAACAUGGCUGCUGAGAUGGAGGCCCAGCAGGAGGGAUGGGUAAACUAUGUGCAGGCAGUUCUCCACUGCUGAGUCCUUCAGGCCCAUCUUAUGGGGAGAAGGCAUUCAGAAGCCUCCUGGGCUUCCUCUCUGAGUGCAGAGCGGGACAGAUCUGGAGCCACAGGUGGGCUGGAUGCAGAGCACAGCCCCAGAGCCUCCAGGUGGCAGGACAGAUACUUGCUACUCACUCUCUGCCAGAAAAGCAGCAGGCUGGCAUGUAGCUUUGUCUCCUUCUGUCACAGAACGUGUAUAAUUCCUAUAGGAGGUGUAGCCCCCAGCAGGCUCUUUGCUUCAGUUAACUUUUCCUCCUAGAAGGUGGAGAUAAAACAGCCAGUAGCUAGAGUCACAGUAAAAUGAGUGAAGUGAACCAAAGACAGGUCUGCAAAGCUCUGAGCUUGAGCCCAAAGGGGUCUAAGCCACUUAGUGUCCCUGUUCUCCCAGAGGGGGAAAGACCAGAACUUUUAAUACAGACCAGGAAAGCCCCAGCCAUUAGUGUCACUCCCAGAGGAAAUACACUCAAUUCCGUGACCACAGCCAGAAAGUUGUUAAAGGAGAUUUCUUCUCCACAUCCCCUCCCCGGGCAGGAGUUUUACCGAUCACAGUUGGGGAACUGUAUGUCCGGUUCUGUGCACCAAUGGUCAUCCUAACAUCGGCACCUUGCAGCUCCACCAAGCUGAGUGUGAUGAGCAAAGGCGGCCUCAGAUAAGAAGGGAUGUGUGAUAGCCCAUGUGGGAGACUGGCUGAUAGAAUCUGGAGCAGAAAUGGCAGCUCCAUCCAGGGUACUAGAAUUCUUCCAAACUACAGGGGCUUUGGUCAUCUGGACUCAGCUGGAUAUGAUACCACACUCUUGUAGGAGGAGUUGCUUUGUGCCAGGGGAGGUGUAUCAAAAUCAUGGAUCUGAUGAGAGAGCCAGUCCAACACUCUUAGAAUUCACUGUGUCCAGAUGGUGUGAGCCUUACUGAGAUGCUAAUUCCCUGCCUCCCCAGGGGCUGCAGCGUAUGUAUUCAUGCUACAACAGUACAUGGCACAUUACAAGACAGAGGCACCCUGCUGAAAUAAAUACGAGCCUCAGACUGUGCAGGGGGAAGAGCUGACAGAAGUGAAUUCCCUUUGGAUCUAUUCCCCUUCAUUCAAUCGUUGGGGCAAGCUUUAGAAUGUGGGGCACCUAAGAGAGAGACCACA